AUGGCUGGUGCUGAUAAAGUGGACGUUCUGAAGACAGAAGGCAACGCUUUAUUCAAACAAGAAAAAUACUCAGAAGCCGUCAGUAAGUAUACAGAAGCCUUGUCAUUUGACAACUGUAAUGCUACUUUGUACAGUAAUCGUAGUGCUGCACACUCCAAACUAGGGCAAAACUAUGAAGAUGCCUUACACGAUGCCUGUCAGUGUAUUCAUCACAGUCGGGGAUGGUCUAAAGGUUAUCUUAGGAAGAUAAUUGCCCUGGAAGGUAUGAAAGACUUCCCAAACGUAAUGGAAGCAGCUGAAGAGGCUUUUAAGUGUGCUUAUGGUUUGUUCAAUGAUCUUGGGGACAGAGAAGUGCCACUGAUGCUCUUGUCAGAGGUGAACGGGAAUUUUUCCGGGUUUUAG